AUAUCAUAUGAAGCAGACCUGCCAACUCUCACAAUUCUGCCGUGAGUCUCACGAUUUUUCAACUUUUCUCACGGCCUCAUGAAAAGACUCCCAAUCUCAUGGUUUUUGGGAAAUAUCAUUCUAAAAUAAAGUAUUACCUUCAUUGUUGAAUAAAAAUGGAAAUUUUGUGAGAAAUUCUUACUCCUGGAUAAGCUUUGACAAUUUUAGCCAUGAAGUUGUCUCAGCCCAAAAUAAAUGACUCUGCUGUAUGUUUCGUCCCAGUGAUGACCUAUUUUCUGGCCUCUUAAUUAAGUCAUCAAAGAAAAACUGGCAUCUAAUUUGUUACAAGAGAGGCCCGCACUAAAAGCAAGGUUAUAUUAAAAUAAACAGUUAUCCCCCUAAUGGAAAAGGGAUCGUUUAAUUUUAACCGGGAAAAAAAUAGAAUCUCACUACUUUUUGUAUAAUCUCCCGAUUUAUUUCAUGAGUCUCCAGAUUUUCCUUUAUCAGGGGUUGGCAGAUCUGUAUGAGGAGUUAAAUACCAUUCAAAUAAAAGGCGGAAACACUUAAAAUACUCUCAGAGAUAUGAUGAUAUACACUUGCUUUAAAAUCUUUAUUUGUGUGGAGCAAUUAAUUAAACCUAGAUUGUACCCCAAAUUUUAAGAGAUCAAAUAGGUAAAACAAGGUUAAUUUUAUACAAACAAAAAUGAAAUGAGAAAAUACUGUGACUCAUAAUUUACAGAAGUCCCCUGUUGAUACCAGCUAACUCCCAAUCUCAUGGUUUUCUGGAAAAGCAAAAGGCAUCUUAAAGUAACAAAAGGCACGUAGGGCUCAGCCAAACGGUACCAUAAUGGCGUCGAAAGGUAUGGACACAGGCCUUUUCUCCUAAACCCGCCCCAUUCCCCGAUGGCAAUUUUUAUUUGGGUUUACGUUACCUCUCCUCCCAUGACAUGUUUCCUUGAUUGCCUUCUUAGCUCCUGAUGAGACAAGGCUUUCAAUAUUUUGUUGAGAUAGGAUGCUUUUUGUUUUAAAGGAUGAGCUCAUCAUAUUUUGUUAUCGUAGAGACCGGGGUAAGAUAAGUUAACAAUAAUAGACAGAUUAUUAUAGAUGGGUUACUCAUUUUUACAGCUAUCCCCGGAAGAAGAAAUAGAAGUUAGGAGUUACCUGACAGCCAUUGAGAUUGGGGAGAGGAGAAAGGAGAUUGAAAGAGAAGAGAAAGAGUUGAAAGGAAAAGAAGAAAGGUUAAAACAAAAA